AUGAGCCUCAGCACACAGCAGCGGACAGAUAUCAAGCGCAUCAUCGAGGCAUUGGGGCGGCAAGCUAUAGAGUUGCAGCAGCAGCGGGGGAUGCUCAUCCGUCUGAUCCAGGCUGAUCCCAGCUACGUGGACGAUGUAUUUCGCAUCUCCCGCGGUGUGCGCUACCUCAUCGAGGCCGAUCCCGUGGCAGGCCGCUUCCAGUACACCGAGUCGGUCAACCAACUUAUCGUGAAGGUACAACGCAUCGAGGCGUCGCUCGCCCGGAUCAAGGAGAAGACGACCGAGCUGCACCUGCUCAUCCCACCAAUCGAGUGCCUCCCCGCCGAGCUGCUCGUGCUGAUAUUCCAGGCGGGCAGUCUGUCGGAGCCGAAGGGCCUGCACCCAUUUCCCAUGAUUGUCUCCGCCGUGUCACGGCGAUGGCGCGCGGUCGCCAUGAGCACACCGACGCUCUGGACGAAUCUGUAUAUCACUCCCGUGCGGCCACGCAAAUGGAUACCCCUAGCCCUGGAGCUCUCCAGAGGCCAUCUCCUCGACAUCACGGUCGAUGCACGCAUCGACUUUUCACCAAGCAGUGCGACGGUCAAAACGUGCAUGGCACAAAUCAAGCCGGAACUGCACCGCUGGCGAAGCUUCGCGCUCAUGGCGCACCAUCGCCAUGUGAUGUUGAUUGUGGGAGAGGAGCUGGCGGAUGUCUCGGCACCAACAUUGCAGCGACUGCGGCUGUCGCUUGCGGGCACCGACGGCACCGGGAACCUUGAAGUAUACAUCCCCCGCCUCUUCUCGGAAGGCGCGCAGGCCCUCACGUCGGUGCGCUUCGACAGCGUCGCAGUCCCAUGGCGGCGAGAGCCUCUCGUCGGGCUGUCCACGCUCGACCUCCGCUGGCUAUGGUUCCGCCUCUCAUGGUCCUCCUUCGAAGGCAUCCUCGCAGCCUCGCCCAAUCUCACGCGCUUAAUUCUGCGCGGUAAACACGUUGACGUGCGGCCCCACGAGGAGUAUAGCCCCAUCCACCUGCCACGCCUCCGCUCCCUCGAAGUCUCGGGCGACAAUUUCUGCUUGUUGUGCUCGCUGCUGAUCGCGCCCGCGCUCGAGACGCUCACGCUUGCGAACGUGGACGAGGGCGAAUUCCGCGAGUUCAUGGCAUGGCUGCCCUACUCCGGCGGGCGCUACACGACCCUCAAGUGUCUCAUGCUGCUCAAUGUCGCGACAUGUCCACUGUCGUGGGACUUUGUGGCUGCGUUCUCGACGAUCACGCAGCUCAUCGUGAUCAACUCUGGCGCGAACCAGUUCCUCGAGAUCCUCCGCCCGAAGUGGCUGCAGAGUGCUACGGGGGUAAUGCACGGUGCGCUCGUGUGGCCGCGCCUCAGAGAUGUGACAAUGCUCGAUCAGACGAACUACGACGAUUUGUAUGGCAUGGUGGCCGAGCGCACUGCGCACGGCUCGCCACUGCGGCGCUUGAUUGUCCAUACGGAAUUUGUCCAUAGGAAUAUGCUUACGCCCCUCCUUCAAUACGUCAAGGUCGACAGUGUCACCUACCUCGACAGAGAUCUGUAGGUCAGAUCUCUGUUUAGCUCACGCGCCACUAGGCAAAUGUACGUCUAGCUUUAGUGCCUAUUUAUUCAUUUCUUACCGUG